AUGCCAGAUUUGUAUUCCCAAAGGCGGAAAAGGACAAAAAUCAGUGAAGAAAAAGAAUAUAGCGACACAAACUUUUUUGCAUGUGUCGGCAAUGAAUUUGAAAAGAAAAUUGCUGACCAUUCUGACCCAUUUGGAAUACCUGAUUUGUUGGAAGAGCUGGAUUGUGGGAAAUAUGGAAGUGUCACGAAAGAAAUACAAGAGCUUCUUGCUCGGAGGACACAAAUGCUAAAGCCUUAUUAUAUUAUGCAUCCAACCCUUCUGUAUAGGCAUCUGGUUGUGGGAAAAAACUCUAAUGAAGAGGUUUCAAAGGCAAAUGGAUUGUCGAUUCCUUCGACUCAUAAUAUCAUUGAUUUAGAGGAUGAACAUGCUACAAAUGUUGUUCCUCAAGGAGCAGAGCCUGCCAGAGUAGUCGGGCCUGUUGUCAUCCUUGAUUCAGAUGAUGAAGACCCUGGAAAUGGGAGGCCUUUUCACCCAUACCAGGAGGUUGUCUUGAACAAUCCAGCUGGCAAGUUUCUAAUAAAGGAUCUAGUGGGUAGGGAUUGCGUUCAAAUCCUUAAUUCGAGAGAAAAGGAUGCAGGUCUUGCUGAUGAAACUGAAAUCAGCGAAGAUAAAGGGGUCUAUGUUGGUGUAGAGGAUGAGAUGGGAUUGGAGGAUGGCAAUGCGCAAUCUGAUGCCAAUUUUGAUGGUCUGGCUGAUAUUUGGCAGGAGAUGUCUAUUGCACUUGAAUGUUCUAAGGAUACUGCUAUAGAUCCUUCAACCGAUGAAUAUGCAAGAGAGAGUGGAGAAGAGUGUGAUCAUUCUUUUAUCUUCAAAGAUGAUAUUGGUUAUGUUUGUCGCAUUUGUGGAGUCAUUCAAAAAGGAAUUGAAAGCAUCAUUGAGUUCCAGUACUCAAAGGGAACAAGGUCUACCAGAACUUAUAGAUAUGAAGCUCGGACUUCCAGAGACUCAGAUCCAGCAGAAAUCCUUCCUGAUCGGGCCAAAUUGCCCGAGCAUGAUUUCAUUGUUGCUGAAAUCUCUGCUCAUCCAAGGCACAGGAAGCAAAUGAAACCCCAUCAAGUUGAGGGCUUCAACUUUUUGCUCAGUAACCUGGUGACCGAUAAUCCAGGGGGUUGCAUCAUGGCCCAUGCUCCAGGAUCAGGAAAGACUUUCAUGAUCAUCAGUUUUAUGCAGAGUUUUAUGGCCAAGUAUCCCUUUGCUAGACCGCUGGUGGUGUUACCAAGAGGCAUCUUGCCUACAUGGAAAAAGGAAUUUCAGAGGUGGCAAGUGGAGGACAUUUCACUAUAUGAUUUCUACUCUGUCAAAGCAGAUAGUCGAUCUCAGCAACUGGAAGUGCUGAAACAAUGGGCUGGGGAAAGGAGCAUCCUGUUUUUAGGGUACAAGCAAUUUUCUUCCAUUGUUUGUGAUGAUGAUACCAGCAAGGCAGCAACUGGUUGCCAAGAGAUAUUGCUGACAUAUCCGUCUAUUCUUAUCCUGGAUGAAGGUCAUACCCCCCGAAACCAGGAUACUGACGUGUUGACCUCCCUUGAGAAGGUCCAGACUCCACGAAAAGUUGUACUUUCGGGGACACUGUACCAGAAUCAUGUCAAGGAAGUCUUCAAUAUCUUGAAUCUUGUUCGUCCGAAGUUUCUGAAAUUGGAUACAUCAAAAUCCAUCAAAAAGCGAAUAUUGAGCAGAGUACAGAUAUCAAGGGGAAGAAACCUGUACAAGGUUUCAGAUAAAGAUUUCUAUGAUUUGGUGGAGCACUCUCUCUUGAAAGAUGAAGAUUUCAAGAGGAAGGUGAAUGUCAUCCAAGAUCUCAGGGAGAUGACAAGCAAGGUUCUUCACUAUUAUAAGGGAGACUUCCUAGAUGAGUUACCAGGACUUGUGGAUUUUACUGUGUUCCUUAGUCUCAGCCAAAGACAAAAACGUGAAGUUGCAGAGCUUAAGAAGUUGGGCAGAAAAUUCAAAAUAAGUUCUGAUGGGAGUGCUAUUUAUGUGCAUCCACAGUUGAAAUCCCUGGCAAAGAAUUCUACAGCAAAAGACCGAGUUGAUGAGGAAAAAAUUGAUGAAAUUUUAGAGAAACUGGAUGUGAAUGAAGGAGUAAAGGCGAAGUUUUUCCUUAAUCUGUUGCGUUUGUGUGAAUCAGGAGCUGAAAAGUUGUUGGUCUUUGGCCAGUAUCUCCUGCCCUUGAAGUUCCUGGAAAGAUUGGCUGUGAAGGUCAAAGGUUGGAGUAUUGGGAAAGAAAUAUUUGUGAUCACAGGUGAUUCAGAUAAUGAUGCUCGAGAGUCUUCUAUGGAAAGGUUCAACAAUUCGCCCGAUGCACGGGUCUUUUUUGGCUCAAUCAGAGCCUGUGGAGAAGGUAUCUCUCUUGUGGGAGCAUCCAGAAUCAUCAUUUUGGAUAUACAUCUGAAUCCUUCCAUUACGCGCCAAGCAAUAGGGCGUGCAUUCCGACCAGGUCAGGAGAGGAAAGUAUACACAUAUAGAUUAGUUGCCGCCAGUUCACCUGAAGAGGAGGAUCACUCCACUUGCUUCAAAAAGGAGUCGAUAGCUAAGAUGUGGUUUGAGUGGAACGAAUACUGUGGUCACCAAGACUUUGACAUUGAGAGUGUAGAUGUGAAGGACUGUGGUGACAUUUUUUUGGAAACACCAUGGUUAAAUGAAGAUGUCGUUGCCCUUCGCAAAAGGUAAAUGGUGACAGAGGUUGAGGCUUGGGCUGGAAGUUUAUUGGAUAUUUCUCUCUCGAGCAUGAGUUUGUUCAUAGCUAGGGACACUACCAAAAGGGCAGUUCUUGGCAGAUUGCUGUUCAACUAUAUCUAGUUUUAGGUAUGUUGGGAAUGCUUUUUUGUGACCUGGAUCUAGAAUGGAGAUACAAAUUGGAUGUCCAUUAGAUACUAGCAGAGCUUGUUAGCAUGACUGACAGUUUUAUUAUCUGUGCCUGUUACUCUAUCAACCGAGUUUGAGAUACUUAUCUUUGUAUAGGGCUAUCUGCUUUCCUUGAAGCUGUAAAUAUAUAUACAAAAUUGUUGAUCUGCAUUCUUGGUUGAUGCAUUGUUUAUAUGCAUUUUGAUAUGCUUACAAUUGAACUGAUGGAUGAUUGCUGCUGUAACGUAGCAUGCAGAACCAAUGCGUCAACGUCACAUUCGUUGUCCAG